GGCGGGGCUUUGGCGUUAGCUCACGCGGUACCGGGAGAGGCCGCCAUCGAUUCUGUGCGGGGAGGGAGAGACUAGGACAUAAUUGAUGCCCAGGAGAGCGGGGAACAGGGAGCGUCGCUAGCUACGGCUCACAUCUGCAAAGGCUACGUCGGCGGCGGGUGCACUGGGCAGCCUCUUCGGGAACGCGAGGCGCCACCAGCAGGUCCCCGGCCCCUCCCUGACGCCGGUUGCCGGGUGUAGUAAACACACUUCAGAAACGUGACGAUCUGUGGGUCACGUGUCUGAGGCCUCAGCCAAUGGAGUGCCGGGGGCGGAGCGAAAGCCGCUGACGCGUACGCCCAGCUCUAGGAGUCCGAGUCCGAGCCGGAGUUGCCGCCGCCUAAAGGAACCCGGGAGCCGGUGGAAGAGAGCGGGAGCCGGACCGGGACCAGAACUAGAACUAGAACCAGAGCCUCCCCUCACUCUGCCUCUCCCCCGCACCUGGGCCGGGGCGGCCACGUGAUCUCACGGGCGUCGGCGCGAGGAUUCCCCCCCACCCGGUCCGCCGGGACGCGAUGUGGCCCCGCCGGGCGUCCGCGGGCCUCGCUGGGUCCUAGAGCCCGCCGUUCUCAGGCCCCCGAGAGACUGGCCAGCCACGGAAUGGGGGUGAAUGCUGUGCACUGGUUCCGGAAGGGGCUCCGGCUCCACGAUAACCCCGCACUCAAGGAGUGCAUCGAGGGCGCGGAUACCGUGCGCUGCGUCUACAUUCUGGACCCCUGGUUCGCGGGCUCCUCCAACGUGGGCAUCAACAGGUGGCGAUUUCUGCUUCAGUGUCUUGAAGAUCUCGAUGCCAACCUAAGAAAAUUAAAUUCUCGUUUGUUCGUCAUUCGUGGACAGCCAGCAGAUGUGUUUCCUCGACUUUUCAAGGAAUGGAACAUUGCUAAGCUUUCCAUUGAAUAUGAUUCUGAACCUUUUGGGAAGGAACGAGAUGCAGCUAUUAAGAAACUGGCCAGUGAGGCAGGAGUGGAAGUCAUUGUACGAAUUUCACAUACUCUGUAUGACCUAGACAAGAUCAUAGAAUUGAAUGGUGGACAACCACCUCUGACAUAUAAAAGAUUCCAAACUCUGAUCAGCAAAAUGGAACCAUUAGCGACUCCAGUGGAGACAAUCACACCUGAAGUGAUGCACAAGUGUGUAACACCUCUCUCAGAUGAACAUGAUGAAAAAUAUGGUGUGCCCUCACUAGAAGAACUAGGCUUUGAUACAGAUGGUUUACCUUCUGCAGUGUGGCCUGGUGGGGAAACAGAAGCCCUCACGCGCUUGGAGAGACAUUUAGAAAGAAAAGCUUGGGUAGCAAACUUUGAAAGACCAAGAAUGAAUGCGAAUUCUCUUCUGGCAAGCCCAACAGGACUCAGUCCUUACCUGCGAUUUGGCUGUUUGUCUUGUCGCCUAUUUUACUUCAAGUUGACUGACCUUUACAAGAAGGUAAAGAAGAACAGCUCUCCUCCCCUCUCUCUUUAUGGGCAGCUCUUGUGGCGUGAAUUUUUCUACACGGCAGCCACAAACAACCCACGCUUUGAUAAAAUGGAAGGGAACCCCAUCUGUGUUCAGAUUCCCUGGGAUAGGAACCCCGAGGCACUAGCCAAGUGGGCUGAAGGCAGGACAGGCUUCCCCUGGAUUGAUGCCAUCAUGACCCAGCUACGUCAGGAGGGUUGGAUUCACCAUUUGGCCAGACAUGCUGUUGCCUGCUUCCUGACACGAGGGGACCUAUGGAUUAGCUGGGAGGAAGGAAUGAAGGUCUUUGAAGAGCUGCUGCUUGACGCUGACUGGAGUAUCAAUGCAGGGAGCUGGAUGUGGCUGUCUUGCAGCUCCUUUUUCCAGCAGUUUUUCCACUGUUAUUGUCCUGUUGGCUUUGGUAGGAGAACCGAUCCCAAUGGAGAUUAUAUCAGACGAUACCUUCCUGUCCUAAGAGGCUUCCCUGCAAAAUAUAUAUAUGAUCCCUGGAAUGCACCAGAAGGUAUCCAGAAGGUGGCAAAGUGUUUGAUUGGAGUCAAUUACCCUAAGCCGAUGGUGAACCACGCUGAGGCCAGCCGCCUGAAUAUUGAAAGGAUGAAGCAGAUCUAUCAGCAGCUCUCUCGAUAUAGAGGACUGGGUCUUCUUGCUUCAGUCCCCUCUAACCCAAAUGGCAAUGGUAGCCUCAUGGCCUACACACCUGGAGAAAACAUUCCUGGCUGUAGCAGUGGUGGAGUAGGAGCUCCAGUGGGUGCCAGUGAUGGUCAGAUACUUCAGGCGUGUGUGCUCCCAGAGCCUCCUACAGGAACCAGUGGUGUUCAGCAACCAGGUUACUCUCAGGGGAGUGGUAUUUCACAUUAUUCUCAUGAAGACAGUCAGCAGGCUUACAUGUUAAAGCAAGGAAGAAGUUCCCUCGGGGUCGGUGGCGGGAAGCGUCCUAGGCAAGAAGAGGAGACUCAGAGCAUCAACCCAAAAGUUCAGCGACAGAGCACAAACUAGGAAGAAAUGCUGUGGCAGUUGUAAUUGGAGAUUAAAGUAAUACUCUUUCAAUAAAUUAUUUCAAAAUGUUCUUUAUGAUGGAAACCAGUUACAUUUUUGAAAUGUAUUAUUUCUAGUGGCAUUUCUAUGGUUUUUAACUUUUUAUUGAAUUUCACAAAGGGCAAACGUGUAAUUUGUAUAUAAAGUACUUGGGACUGAAUUUGUUUAAUGUAAAUAGAAAUAUCCAAUAUGAUUAGUGAUAGACUUCUCAAUAUAUUUUUGAUAAUCUUUCAUGUAUGGUAAAAGUAAAAGUUGUCACUGAUGUAAAAUCGGGAGUUUCCAGCAGGCACAGAGGAAACAUGGAUGUGUUCAGACUUUCUGAAAAGAUUUUGUUAACAUUUUGAGGCACUGUUUUCUUGACCUCAUUGUAUGAUCCAACUUUGCAUACUUUGAUAAAAAAAAAAUUAGAAAAUGUGUGUAAUCAUAGCUGUUGAGUGGAGCAUCCCAAACCUAGCCAUGUAUAUUUGAAAACUUCAUGUGCUCCAAUUAUUUGUCCAAACUUGUGCAAAGCAUCAUUUGUACAUCACAUUUCCUUAUAUCUCUAUUUUUUUGUUUACCACUCAAGUGGCCUUGUCAAUAAAGUAAAAACACAAAGACA